ACCGAAGAAGACACCGGAAGUAAACAAGCAGUGUGCCUCCACGUGCAUAUAUCGAGUUAACUGGUGACCCUUCUUCUGUUGCAGUGACAUCACACAGCUCUUCUUCUUCUGUUGCAGUGACAUCACACAGCUCUUCUUCUUCUGCUGCUCAUGGAGCCUGCAGACGCGCCCCCCCCUCACAGGAAGAGGAGGGGGUCUCAGAGCCUGGAGGACUCACCUGUUGACAUCGACACACCUGACAGGAUAGAGAAGAAGAAGAAGAAGAAGAAGAGACGGAGGGAUGAGGAGGAGGCACCGGUCACCAUAGCAACCAAUGAAACCGGCAAGAAGAAGAAGAGACGGGGGGAAGAGGAGGAGGAGGCACCAGUCACCAUAGCAACCAAUGAAACCGGCAAGAAGAAGAAGAGACGGGGGGAGGAGGAGGAGGAGGCACCAGUCACCAUAGCAACCAAUGAAACCGGCAAGAAGAAGAAGAGACGGAGGGAGGAGGAGGAGGAGGAGGAGGCACCGGUCACCAUAGCAACCAAUGAAACCGGCAAGAAGAAGAAGAGACGGGGGGAGGAGGAGGAGGAGGCACCAGUCACCAUAGCAACCAAUGAAACCGACAAGGAGAAGAAGAAGAAGAAAAACAAAAAUGGACUGAAUGAGGUCAGCGUCACCAUGACAACAAUAGACCUGACGGUUCCCAUGGAAACGAGUGACACUGGGAUGGAGAGAAAAAAGAAGAAGAAACAGGAGGGGAGUGUCGUCAUGGUAACGACUACCAACAACAACAGUGAAACAGACCCACUGGUUUCCAUGGAAACCAACCACACAGCGCCGGAGACAGAGAAGAAGAAGAAGAAGAAAGAUGGGAGUGUGAAAGAGGUACAAAAAGAACAGAAGAAGAAGAAAAGGAAAGAGAAGAAGAUAGAAGACAGUAGAAGAAGAGAAGAAGAGACAGAAGAAGAAGAAGAAGCUGCAUUAAAUAAUCAGCUGGACUGGUCGCUGAUUGAGGAGCUGCAGGAGUUUAUUCCUGAUGUGAAGAAGAAAUCAGCUGAUGAGAUCAAAAAACUGCUGCGAUACGACCUGCACCGCUUCAGAUGCUUCAAACAGCAAGGUGUGCAGGUGCGUUGGGGCCGCUGCACUAAGAACGAGAAUCAGCAGAUCGAGCAGAACAUUGCAGACUUCCUGGUUCUGACGGGCAUCAGCUCAGCCAAUCAGCUUCUGUUCCCUGAGAGGUUCAAAGAUCAGGAGGCGGAGACCCGACGGCUGCGAUCACGACAUCACUUCCUGGAGAGGAUCGCUGAGGGGAUCCCAAGGACUUGUCAGCAGGUUCUCGUCAGAGCCAAGAAGAUGUUUGACAGCAGGAACCACAAGGGAAGGUUCUCAGAGGAAGAGAAGCAGUCUUUGAUAAAAUUGCAGAACCUUCAUGGAAACAACUGGAGAGCGAUCGCUCAGAAGAUGGACCGAAGUAUCUACUCCAUCCAGAAACGCUUCGAUCACAUCGCUGCGGGUCACGGGGCCUGGAGUCCUGAGGAAGAGUCCAGGUUGAAGCAGGCAGUGAAGGCUCACCUGGAGGAGCUGGUGCAGCAGAGUCCUGCAGGUCCCAGUCUGAGCAGAGAUCAGCUCUGCAACAAUCUUCCUUGGAAGGACUUCAGCCAGCAGGUGGAGACCAGAUCCUGGACCCAGUGUCGGAUCAAGUGGUUCUCUAUCCUGAAGAAUAAAAUGUCAACGAGAGGAAGAACCUUCACUAAAGGACCCGAAGGAUACCGAGCUAAGAUCCGCCUCAUCAACAAAUUGUACGACAUACACGUGGACGACAUCGCCGACAUCGACUGGGACGAGGUCGCUUGCACUGUCCGGUGCGCUGUCGGUGACGUGACUUCAGUUUGUGUUCAGAAGAGUUUUCACCGACUCAAAGUUACCAGAGUUCCCAACUGGACCAGUUUAUCCUGCGGAGAGAUCAUUGACUUCCUGCACCUGAAAGUGAUUCCUGAGCUGCAAGAGAAGCUGAUCCGAGUGGAGCUGCGUGAGGAGCGGCGGGGGGGGCAGCAGGAGGCGCAGCAGGAGGCGCAGCAGCAGGAGGAGCAGGAGGAGCAGGAGGAGGAGGAGAGGAAGUUGUAUCUGCUGGAAGACAUCUUUCCCUCACAGGAAGAAGAUUUCACAGAGCUGGACAAUGUUUAAGCUGCAGCCAAUCAGGAAGCAGCUCCUGAUGGACAGAUUAUUGACCUAACCAUGUCCCGCCUCUCCUGCUCUGUGAUUGGCUGAUGUUAAACAUGAAAUGACCUCACAGAACAGAAAGCAGGAAGUGGAUUAUUUGUAAGACUGAGAAUCAGCUGAUGUUUGUAAUGAGAUGUUUUUAUUAAACUGUUU